AUGCAGGGAAUCUUCUCCAUGGGCGGCUUCCAGAAGGCGUUCGACGCGGCGAGCAGGCUGCUGCAGGACGAGCAAGAUGAGUCCCUCCCCCCGGCUGCCAUGAAGGACGAGGACGUCGAGUUUGCGGAGGGUCUGACGAGCGACACGUUCGCUCUCUUCCCCAGGGACAAACUUGACAGCUCCUGGGUGAUGGUGCCGAGUCAGGAGCAGCACGCCAAGACCAUCCUCGCGCUGUCUCGGAACCUCCAGCAGAUUCGCUUCAGCCUCUGCCCCCGCAAACUCAAGGACGAGGAGUUCUGGCAGAUAUACUUCGCCGUGGUGCAGAAGGAUUCGGCUGCCAGCGAGCUGGACGGCAGCUGGGGUUUCAUAGGGGAGGAGAGCGAGACUGUAGCUGGCUGCGAUGCAGUGUUGGUGCCAAAGAACGAUUCGUACUGGGAGGAACUGGAGGGAGGAGAGGAGGGAGGAGCAGGAGCAGGAGCAGGAGCAGGAGCAGGAGCAGGAGCAGGAGCAGGAGGGGGACAGUGA